AAAUUCGUCGCGCCGAAAGAACGCCGUCCAGUUUACCAACAUAAAUGGACAGAGAAUGAUGAAGAUGAAAACGAAAGCGGUAGUGAAGGAGCUGCCGGUGGAAGAGUUGGAGUAGCUGGACCAGUAACCUCGAAACAGCAGCGAAUACCCAUUUAUAAAAGUAAUGAAGGGGCGAGAGUUCACAAAGUGAAAGAGGCCCACCAAUGUCUCGAAUCUGGAGAACAUGACGAUUUCAAACAGGAUAUUGAGUAUAUUCUUAGUACAAUGAAAGGAGAUUCUUCAGCUAACAUCAAGUGUUUAAGUGCUAUAUCACUAGCUCGAAAGUGUGUGUCACCCGAGUUUCGACAGUUUAUACGCAGUGAAGGCCUGGUUUCCAAUGUAUUCAAAGGUCUAGCGGAAGCUGCUAAUGACCAGAAUCUUGCUUUAUGUGCGUCUACAGUAAUAUAUCUUAUGUCGAGAGAUUUCAUCUCUAUACCUGUCGACGCACAUUCAUUGAGGCUAUUGUCGCAACUACUGCGUAUAGAGAAAUUGGAGCAGAACGAGGAACAGAAGAAGUAUGCAACUAUGGUUAGUUUAUGA